UUGCGAAUCAUCCUCUAUCCCUUGUGUGAUGCACCCCACCAUGGCAUGCUGUUGAUGCCAUGAUGGCGUCCUUUUUGAGGGGGCCGCUGCGGCGAGCCUGUCAUACUCAACGGGUCAAGGCUUCCUGCCCUUCCGCGCCGGUGCCAUCACGGCGGCGCCUCAGCGAUGUGGCGGUGCAGGAUGCAGUGACGACAGGGGAAGACCUUGAACCUCCCUGGCUGGCCCUACGGGUCGAAGCACCGAGUGUCGCAGCCACAAAGGCCAUGGAACGUGUCAAGGCCCGAGGGUCCCAGUUCAAGGCAGGCGAAACCCUUGAGAAACCGCAGAAACUGCUGGUUGCAUCCGUGGAGGAAGUACUGAGUCAGGCACUCGCCUUGGCCUACGCCGGACGCGCUUCGUCGAAGUGGCCGGUCGUGGCGGAGCAUUUGCUGUCGCUGGAACUUACAGCGGAGCAGGCCUUCUUGGUGUUUCACUGUUUGGUUCAGAUGGGCGACUUCGAGCCAAAGGUGCUUCGGAAGUUGCUGGAGAAGAAGUGAGACGAAGCAGUGUGAUCCAGCGAGAUGAGAGCAUCGUAGCGUGGUUCAAUGGGAGAUCUCCAGGAUCCAAUACAUGGAGGUACGGUCAGU